AUGACCACUCUUGGAAGCUAUGUGCCAGAAAGUGUCACUACGAGUCUACUCAGUCAGAGUGUAGACCUAAAAUAUGAUUAUCGAACUAAACAAUUAAUGAACGAAGCUCAACCAAAUUCCUCAGAAGAAGUGCAGGUUGAGCAAGUUGUUGACGAACUAGAAGAUAAGCCUUUGGAAAGAUUGAGCUAUAACGAUAUUGCUGAAAUCGAUCCAUCUCGACUCCAGAUAGAUGAGUCACAAGUCAUUGGUGGUGGAUGCUUUGGUCUUGUGAUUAAGGGUUUUUUGGAUGGAGAGGCUGUGGCUGUAAAGGUGGCCAGCAAAGGCAGGAAUGGAAGCGCUUGUCUUCAGUUUGAAAUUGAUGGCUCAAUAACAAUCACGAAAGACCCCCAACUCUCCACCUCGGAUUUGCUUUCUUUUGCCUAUCAAACGGCAAAAGGCAUGCAAUUUCUUAGCUCAAAACAGUAUGUCCAUCGUGAUUUGGCCACAAGAAACUUAUUAGUAAAGAAAUGCGAAAGCGAGUGGAUUGUGAAAAUUUGCGACUUUGGUUUGGCGAAGGAGAUUAGGGAAGCGAAAAGCCACUAUUCACGAAACGGUUUCGCCCAGCCACUCAAUUGGAUGAGCCCCGAGGCAUAUGCGCAUAAAAAAGCUGACGUCUGGUCUUUUGGCAUCGGUUUAUAUGAGCUUUUCUCACUCGGUGGAACACCUUACGGAAACAAAACCGAGCAAGAAAUCCAGAAAGAAUUAUCGACAGAAAAGGAGAAAUUGACGACAAAAAGGCCACCAUAUUGUCAUCAAGAAUUAUUCAACUUCAUCGAAUGCUUUUGGUACUAUGAUGCAAGCAGACGGCCAAGUUUUGAGAAUUGUGUUAAUGAACUGAAAAGCCAUCUACAAAGAGCCAAUCCACAGAAGUUGAAACGACUUGAUGGGAUCAAUGAU